UCCUUCGUUUGUGAUUGAUUGCAGGAAGAACUCCUGGAGUUUGGUUCCUUCACCAUGUCCUUCAGUGGCACCCAGGACAAAUGCAAGGCAUGCGAGAAGACUGUCCAUUUCAUCGAUCUCUUGACCGCCGAUGGAGUCACCUAUCAUAAGACCUGCUUCAAAUGCAGUCACUGCAAGGGCACUCUCUCGAUGUGCAACUACUCUUCCAUGGAUGGUGUCCUCUACUGCAAACCUCACUUUGAGCAGCUCUUCAAGGAGACAGGAACCUUCACCAGAAAGUUUCCUACAGGUACAAAGUCUGGAGAGAGGAAUGAACAGUCCAAGGCACCAACCAAGAUCUCCUCCAUGUUCUGUGGAACUCAAGACAAGUGUGCCACCUGCAAGAAAACAGCAUACCCCUUGGAAACGAUGACCAUGGAAGGAGAGUCGUACCACAAGACCUGCUUCAAGUGCUCCGUCGGCGGCUGCAUGCUCACGCCUUCGUCCUACGCCGCGCUCGACGGCAUCCUCUACUGCAAGCACCACUUCGCGCAGCUGUUCAUGGAGAAGGGCAGCUACAACCAUGUGAUCCAGGCUGCUUUGGAGAAGCAGAAUGCUGGGGAGCAGCCGCCGUCGUCCGAGCCAACGCCUGAACCCACCGAGGACCAGGAGCAGACAUAAGGGCGUGAACACAGCGAGAACAUUAAACCUCGUCUCUUCUGUUUGCCUUCUUCCUCUCCCUCUCACGAGAAAAGAUUGGUGUGUUUCUUCUUUGUUUGACUUAAUACCGUGACAGAUGCAACAAAGGAAAGAAUGGUCAACUUCAAUU